AUGGCAACAAUUGUUCCAAACUCAACUAACAAUACAAUUACAUCCACUUCGAGUGAAUUGAAUGGAAAUAAAAAGACUGACACCGCGACCGUCAGUGAUUUAACUGGUGACAACGAGAAGAAGAUUACAAUCAAACAACAUCAUAAUGAUGAAGAAAAUCUUACGGACACAACUUCUGAUCCAAUUAUUGUAUGUGAAGCACUUCGUCAACAAAACGAUGCACUUCGACAAGAACUUCACGAUAUACGACGGGAAAUGGAUGAGAUUACUGAUCAAUUUCGUACGGAAGAUGCCGAAGAAUUCAAACAAUUACAAGCAGAAUUGGAAAUCGCUGCUAAAAAUUGUCGUAUUCUUCAAUUCAAAUUACGUAAAGCUGAAAAACGAAAUGAAAACAUUGAAGCUGAAAAGACAACAUUGGAAGAAAGUCUUACGGACACAACUUCUGAUCCAAUUAUUGUAUGUGAAGCACUUCGUCAACAAAACGAUGCACUUCGACAAGAACUUCACGAUAUACGACGGGAAAUGGAUGAGAUUACUGAUCAAUUUCGUACAGAAGAUGCUGAAGAAUUUAAACAAUUACAAGCAGAAUUGGAAAUCGCUGCUAAAAAUUGUCGUAUUCUUCAAUUCAAAUUACGUAAAGCUGAAAAACGAAAUGAAAACAUUGAAGCUGAAAAGACAACAUUGGAAGAGAAAAUUCAUCAAUUAAGUCGCGAUAAUUAUCGUGUCCGUGAUCUUGAUGAAGAACUAUUAAUCGCAAAAGAAGUUAGUGUUCGAUUACAUACUGAAUUAGAGAAAAGCGAAGAAUCAAGAAUGAUAACAGAAAAAUUGAAUUCGGCUUUGAAACAACAUUUGGAUACACUCAAAGAAUCAUUCGACGACAAACUUUCGAUUAACACGAAUGAUGAUUAUCAUUCAUGGCAAUUAUCUGUUCAUUUAUACGAAUCACUUUUUCGAGAAUAUGUUCUCAUGGAAGAAUUAGCAUGGUUCAAUUCAAAUGUAAAUAAAACCAAUCUUUAUUUGAAAUCAUCGACGAAUGUUAAUGGACAUGAUAUCUCAGACUUAAUGAAUGCAUAUCAACAGAAAAUUUCCAUACUUAAUGAUGAAAUGACUCAACUUAAACAAGAUCUUACCAGUCGCGAUAAUGAAAUCUCUCAAUUGCGCAUUCAAUAUAAGAUAUUAAAACAGCGUAGUCGGAGUGUUGACAGAACGUCCAAUGGUAACAAUAAUAAUCAUGGCAAUGAUGACGGAAAUCGAUCACGGCGUGGCGUGAGUGUUGACGGAGGAGGAAAUCUUCGAGAACAAUUGGAUGCUUCAUUUGACGAAAUUCGUUUAUUAAAAAAUAAAUUGCUCAGAUUAGAAGACGAACUGAACAACUCAGUCUUGGAGAAAGAAACUCUUUUGGUUAAACUCGAUGAACAAUCGAAGCAAAACGUUGGCGAUGCAAUUAACGAAGAUCUUCAAUUAUUUACUGAUAAAAUUAACAAUCUAAUCACGUUCAUCAAAGAAAACAAACUUGACGACAAGAUUCUAACUGAUCUACAACAAUCUCUACGACCCAAUCGAUGGAGUAAACAAGCACCUGAAGAAGAUGUUUCAACAACAAUUAGCAAAUCGAAUCAACAAACAUCGACGAUUGUUCACCAAGCAAAUGAAUUUCUAAGUCUUAUCCAAAAUAAACAGGAAGUUCUCGAUAAAAUCCGCUAUCGAUUAACAAAUUUAACUUAUGAUGCCAGUGAUACUUGUACACUCCUUGAAGAACUCGAUAGUACUAAACAUGAACUCGAAGAUACUCAACAGAUCUGUCAUCAAUUACAGACAACUAUCGAUAACAUACAGUUAUCAUCGAAAAAAGUCGAAGAGCAAUUGAAAGCUCAAAUUACGGCGACUCAAACAUUGGAGAAGAAUCUUGAACAGCAGAAAACGGCCAAUAAUGAAUUGCAAAAAGAGAACACACGGUUAGCAGCAUUGAACGCUAAACAAGCACAAGAUACUCGACAUGUUGAACAAUUACGUCAAUCGAUCGUUACAUUCGAAAAGAAACUUGACCAAAAACAAACACGUGUCAAUGAACUAUCAAUGAAAAUUAUCGAAAAGGAAGAUAUUAUUGAAACUAAAGUGAAAGAAUGCCAAAAGCAUCGAAUGGAAUUACGUGAAUUAGAAGAGAAGUAUUACACACUUGGUAAACAAUUGGAAGAACAAAUUACAUCCAUGGCCAAAGAGAUGGAUAAGUUAAAUAUGGAAAAAGAAAUGUUACGAUACGAUCUGGAAACUCUACGAUUAAAUCAACAAAGUGAACGACCAAAAUCAUUACUGGUAGAAGAUGAAAUUGCGCGCGUGAAAGCGGAAUGUCGACAACAGAUCAUUGAUGCUGAAAUAGAAUCGCACAAACUUCGUCUGAAUCAAUCCAACAAUGAAAAGGAUGAGUUAUUGAAGAUCAUCAAAGAUCUGGAAAAGAAAUACAAAGAAUUACAAGUUAAAUACGAUGCUGAUGGACAUGCAUGGGCUAGACUGAAAGCAGACAUGGCGGAAAAACAACGCAAAUAUGAUGAAAGUAUCAAAUUGAAAUCUGAACUGCAGAAUGCGGUUGAUCGUCUCCGUCAGAAAUUAUAUGAUCUUGAACUUCACAGUCAAGAAAAACAAAAUAAAUAUAAUAUCGAUAAGCAACAAUGGGAAAUACAACGAGUUGAAUAUACUGGAAAGAUUAACGAAUUGGAAGAACAAUUAUCCAAAGUAACAAAACGUCAACGAAAAGAUCUGGAUACUGU